AUGUCAUGCACGCGGACGAAAAACACACUGGAGAUACGGAUUGAGGAGACCAAAAAGAAGCUGGAAGAGAUGGGCGGAAGAUUUCCGUCUGAGUGCAUUAACGAGAAUCCCGGACAGAUGUUGGAUGACACCGUGUACCAUUUUGAUGAAACACCGAAUGAGAGCACUCGCUUGUCCAUGGCUUACGAGGCUCUGAAGAGCGUGCAAAACAUUUUUAAGAAGGACCUGUCUUCUACGACUUGGGACCUUCAUCAGCUUAAUCUCUUUCAAAAUAUGAUAGAUCGGACAGUAGAAAGAUUACAAUUUUGCGUUGGAGAACAAUUGUCCGGUUCUUCUGAAACCAAGUAUGCCAACCUGAAGAUAUAUUUUGAAAAGCUGAACGGUAUUCUGGAAGAUAAGGGACACAGCCGCUGCGCGUGGGAAAUUGUGCGGAUGGAGGUGCUACGUAAUCUAGAAUAUCUGAGCAAGUUCUUCGGCAGCAGUCAGCGAUAGGGGGAACUCUUCGCUCUACAAC